AUGGCCAACACUGGAGCUGUCGCCGUUUCGGAGCCAACCACCGACGUACCGGCAGAAAGGGAUACAUUUCAGGAGAGUCCAGGUGCAGCUUCAACGCCCCUGGAUACAACCUCAACAAAUACCGAGGAUGUCCCACCUGCUAAUAACCAAAUCGCUUCGUGGAAAGGAUGGGCAGAAAUAGAAAAUGACCCGAUUGUGUUCAGCACCUUGUUACGAGAAUGGGGUGUCCCCAAUGUCCAGGUCAACGAAGUAGUGCCACUUGACAGCGUCUUCGAGUAUCCGCCGCAGAGUAUUUACGGACUAAUCUUUUUGUCGAGAUGGGCCGCACCCGAAACCGAAAAUGAUCUUACACAGCCUCCCACCGGAAUUUGGUUCGCAAACCAGACGCUUUCCAAUUCUUGUGCCACGGUUGCUCUUAUGAAUAUCGUCAACAACCACGCAACGGUUAACCUGGGCCAGCCACUCAACGACUUCCGAGCGACCACCAUGCAUUUGACCCCCGUUGAACGAGGCCUUGCCCUAGAUCGCUUCGACCACGUCAGAGACGUCCACAACUCGUUUGCCACAGAGUUUGACAAGAUGAAUGUCGACCUUCGUCUCAAGCAGGACAUGGCUCUGGCCGAAAAGAAGAAAAGAGCCGCAAAUGCCAAACGGCCACGCAAGAAACUCAAAGCAGAAGACGAAGCCGACGAGGACGAAAGCGGUCUUCAUUUCAUUGCAUAUGUGCCAGCUGGAGGGGUGGUAUGGAGAAUGGAUGGCUUGGAGCGUCUUCCACGAAAGCUAGGCUUUGUGCACGAAGGAGAUAGCUGGAUUGCCAUGGUUCUUCCGGAGCUACAGGCUCAGUUGGAAUCCGCAACGACCAACUCUUUGGAGUAUUCCUUGCUCUCUCUGACCGCAUUGGACGACUCGUUGAGCUUGGAUGCGGAUCAGGUGAAGAUGGAGAGAACACGAGAAAAUUGGGGGCCAUUCCUGGCGCAAAUGGUCAAGGUGCAUGCUGAAAAGGACUCCCAUAUCCUCAUCCGCGAAGAACACCGCGCCGACACUGCGUCCUCGCACUCGCCGAGGAAUCAGGUCGCGAUGACCUCGCCACUCACACAACUUCCUAAUGAGGUCAUUCAUGUCAUUCUGUCAUACUUGCCCUUCCAGAGCAACACCGCUCUGCAACAAACCUGCCACCGCUUCGCAGAUGCCGCCAAAGAACCACUUGUAUGGAAGAAAUACUGCCAGGACUUUUUCAGGUGGUGGGAUCGACGGCACUCGUUCCCCCAAAAACUCCGAGAUGCAUCCUUCGUUGCGUGGAAGGAGCUGUUUGCAGAGCGGUACAGGUCAUCCAAGGCCACUCGACAAGCCCUCGACAAGAUGAUCGAGGAGGACUCCGGGCGACUCGACUCGUUGAAGGUCAUCCUGGACGCUCGUUACGACGCCAAGGACCACUUGUUCGACAUGUACUGGAAUGCACCCUCUUCCCCGAACCACCUUGCCCAGAAAUACUGGAGCCAUGCAGCUUUAGGCUGUGUACAGAGACUGAUUGCAGUUGAGGAGUGGAAGGAUAUCAAACCAGGAGAAUAUCAUGCGGGCUCACUUGAACGGUCACUGUCUGCUUUCGAUAUGUUUAUCCUCGAAGAAAAGGCCGCGGGGGACAUGUCCGAUAUCCUUGCUCGUCUUGAUUCCUACGUCCUUUCGGUCCGCGAGGCUCACCCCUACAUCGAUGGAAUGUCGCCGCGGAUGAGAGCGAGCAUCAUCGCUCAGCAUCUGCUAGACAACCAAUGGGUAGGCAUCACAGAUGGACGAAACUACCACUCCAUCGACCAUAUGUUCCUCGGAGUAGCUCUGUUUAGCACCAACAGAAACUCGGUCCCUCUUAUCUCGGCCACCAUCUUUUGUUACGUUGCACGUCGAUUCAACUUGCGAGCCGAACCUUGCAGCUAUCCUUUCCAUGUGCAUGCAGUCGUGCAGCCUCCGCUUGGGUUCGACCUUGACGGCCACCCCCUUGCAGAAUCUUCCGGUCAAGAACCGUCCGAUCUGACACACUUAUACAUGGACCCUUUCCACAACUCAGAAUCCAUCUCCCGAUCAAGGUUGGAGACACAGCUCAAAUUCAUAAAUCCUGGUACAACACCAACUCAGACUGUCGCAUAUAUGUCGCCGGCGUCUGCCCGUGACCUCUCAGUACGCACAGCACUCAACAUUCUAGCCUCCCCUUCUCACGACCCUGGUCUUCCAUUACAUCCGAUCAACACCAACUUGGCCGCCUACUCUGCUUUGUUCGCUCUCGUUAGCAUCCCAUCCGAUCCCCCUAGGCACGCAACGCACUUGCGCCAACAUCUCGCCGUCCUUACGCAGCACUUUCUCGAAUAUUUUGAUCUAGAUAUCCACUUGUUUGAAACCUGCGUCCUUCCACUGACAAAUAAUCUGCCCGACGCCCGUGCUUACCGCAACUUAAUUUUGCAGCUGAAGGAGUCGGAUCAUGAGUCACGCCCAGCCAAAUAUCGGUCUGAUCCUCGCAAUUCAGAAGUGAAAUACAGCGUAGGCCAAGUCUUUAGGCACCGUCGUCGGAAUUACGUGGCCGUGAUUUAUGGGUGGGAUCCCUACUGUCGCAUGCAGGAGCAGUGGAUUACCAUGAAUCAAGUCGAUCGCUUACCAAACGGAAGAUCUCAGCCCUUCUACAAUGUUAUCGUGGAGGAUGAGUCGACACGCUAUGUGGCGGAGGAGAACGUGGUGCUGUUUGGUCCCGAUGACUUUUCGGAGGAGCGUGCCAACAAUUUUCCCAUCGAGGUUGGAAAGUGGUUUAAGCGGUAUGAUCCGGAGACGGCGACAUUUGUGAGCAACGUGAAGGACGAAUACCCCGAUGACUAG